AUGAAUAACGACCAGUUCAGAAAGCUGCUCAAUACACCGGCGCGACAAGAUGGUGCCAGCAGCAACCCGCGGCCGAGUGCCGUACCCUCAUCACUUGGAUCAAAACGCUCUUCUUUUAUGCCCAUGACGCCACGUUCAGUUCGAGGUGUCACUGGAAACGAUUUCGCCCGCCAGGUUGCCGAGCGCAAUGCCGCAAACCAGACUACCAAGAAGUUCAAAGGCGGUGCUGCGCCCAAAGGAUCGCGACUAGGCUCAGGCUUCACCGACCGUACGCAGAACCGAUACGAUGACGAGACCGAUGAGCGAGCUGCCCGUAUCAAAGCUCUUGAGGAACAAGUCAAACUCGGACAACUCGACCAUGCGACUUUCGAGGCUCUACGCGAUCAAAUUACAGGCGGUGAUGUUGGUGCUACACAUUUGGUCAAGGGUCUGGAUCGCAAAUUGCUCGAGCGAGUCAGAAAAGGUGAAGAUGUGCUGGGAGGCUCUGGACCUGCGAAAGAGGAAGACUUAGAAGAUGAGUUUGAGAAAUUCGAAGAGAAGGAGGUUGCUCGUGUCGAGCGAGAGAAGGUCGUCAAGAAGGGAGAAAUGGCCCCUCCUCCACCCGUCGCUGGCGCAAAGAGAUCUAGAGAUCAAAUCCUGGCUGAGCUGAAAGCACAACGGAAAGCGCAGGCUGAUGCAAGAUUGGCUGCGAGACCAGAGUUGGGCGACAAGUUUCGUGACGUUGGUUCUUCGCGCGCAAGUUCGCGUAUCGAAGUGGAUGCAAAAGGGCGUGAAGUCCUUAUCACCACUGACGAGCAUGGAAACGUCAAGAAGAAGGUUAGAAAGGUCCAGGUACCGAGCGAAGAGCCUGCUCAACAAGCACAACCGCACAAGUUCCUCGACGAAGGUAUCACAGUGCCAGCACCGAAACCCGUUGAGAAACCUGUAGAAGCAACCAAGGACGAUUCAGAUGACGACAUCUUUGAUGGCGUUGGCGAUGAUUACGACCCGCUAGGAGGAUUGGGCGACGACGAUGACUCUUCAGACGACGAAGAUGGAGAAGUACGGGAGAAGGCGAUCAAGCUCGCCCCAUCACAAUCAAAGUCACCUUCUUCAGAGACAGAAGCAACAUCAAAUUCGGAAUCAAAAGAAGCCACAACAACCUCAAUGCCACCCCCUCCACCACCAACACAACCCACAGCUCCACGCAACUACUUCCAAUCCACCACAACCACAACCAACGAAACCACAGAACCACAAGCACCCCAAAACCCCUUCAACGACGCCUCCUUCCUCGCCGCCAUCAAAAAAGCCGGCGCCCUCUCAAACAUCUCCCUAUCCCUCAAUGCAUCCUCCUCUGACGACCCAUCAGCCCCCGAAUCAGCAGAAGCCAAAGAACUACGUCUGCAGAAACGAGCACAGAUGCUUGCAGCCAGUGACCGCGAUCUCGAAGACAUGGAUCUUGGGUUCGGGUCUUCGAGGUUUGGAGAUGAGGAGGAGGGCGAUGAUGGACAGAGGAUCAAGUUGUCGACUUGGAAAGGUGGCGCUGGUGAUGAUGACGAUGAUGGGCAUGAGGGUGGUGGUAAAGAGAAGAAAAAGAGAGGUAGGAAGAGAAAGGGUGACAAGAAUAGUGCUCAAGAUGUCUUGGGUGUUAUGGAGAGGAGGAAGGAGGCUGGAAAGUAG